GGGACGAGGUGCGCGACAGGCGGCAGAGACUGACUACCUACCUACCUAGGUAGGUAGGUACACAAGGCACUUACUUACACCUACACCUACCUAGUUGUACGGAUUACGAGGUCACUAACCAAGGCAACAACCAACCAACCAACCGGUGUCCUUUCUUCCUUCCUUCUUUCCUUCAUUCCUUCCUUCUUCCAAUCUUACCUCGUGUGAAUAGAUCUAGUAAUGGCUUGAGGAAGGAACGUUCGAGACAUCAGAUCUAGGGGCGGAACACUCGACUCGUGGAAAGAAUAUAACAAAGAAAAAUCAAGAGAAGGAACGAGGAAAGGUAAUGGGAAGAAAGAACGACGAGAAGGACGGGGAAAGUCAUCAUCCGACGUCAACACUGACAUGGGCUGCUAUUUUACACUACUCGGUCGUUCAAUACCUCGACGACAAAAACCCUCCUGCCAUGCCUCCCACAACAACUUGUCCCCGGAACGACCAUCCACGAAAACGGCUGCAACAGCGCUCUUGCUCUUGCAUUGGCGCAAGCCUCGUCCGUUUCGCCUUCGUUUACCCUCUCUUUUGGUUUGUCUCUGGGCACAGCACGGCCGCAUCCCCCAUUCCGGCUCCGUGUGUGUCUCUCAUUCCCUCCCUCUGCUGCCUCAACUUGCCGGUCCUCGCGUGUUCCAGAAGGCGAACAAGAGCGUCUGGCGCUAAGCCAAACUCGGGUCAAGCCUCUCCCUUCUGGUCUGUGUUUGCGGCCCCGACUAAGCUCAGGCGCAGUGUGGAGGAGAGUGGAGGGGGUCUCGUCCCCCUCGUGCCGUCCUCUGUGUCGCUGGCCGUUUCCCUCUGCCUCGGCCUCUGCUUCUGGGUCGCUGGGGAGGGGUCUUUGGGCUCCCCUGCCCAAGUGAGCCCAAAGCCUUUCAGGGUUUUGCGCCGCGCAUCGUGCCGGGGCCGCAAUCCCAUUCAUGUCCGUGUCCGGCGAUUUCUGGCCGUUGAUGUCCAGUCCUUGUACCUACCUGUACGAAGAAGAACGGUACGUAUCGCACCUCACAGAUGGUGCAGAGUCUGACGAGAUUCAGACCCUUCAGAGACGAUAGACCCCACGAUGGCCGACGAAACGACAAGCGGGCGCCCCCAUUGGCAUAUGAUGGACCUGACUCCGGCCCCGGCCCCUAAUAC